UGCUCGUAACCACAGCGACUUAAUCUGGACCUGGAUGCGUGCUGGAGGAACCUGUUCGCAAUAACAGAAAAUAAAACACUCACCCGAACAUCUGAUCAAAGAUGCUGUCGGCUUCGGUUAACACGUUUCACCUGGGCGACCGGAGAGUUUGGUCGAUGUGACAUUGCUUGAGCUUUUUGUUCUGGUCCCGGACGCAGAGCAGCGAUCGCGCUUUGAGAAGAUGUUGAGUCGGCUGAUGAGUGGCAGCGUCAGAAACCUGGAGCGAGAAUACUUGUGUACGGUCAGGCUGCUGGAUGAUACGGAGUAUACCUGCACCAUUCAGAGGGAUGCCAAAGGCCAGUAUUUGUUCGACCUCAUUUGCCACCAUCUAAACCUACUGGAGAAAGACUAUUUUGGCAUUAGAUAUGUAGAUCCGGAUAAGCAACGGCACUGGCUGGAGUUUACCAAGUCAAUUUCUAAGCAGAUGAAAUCACAACCUCCAUUCACCAUGUGUCUGCGGGUAAAGUUCUACCCACCAGAUCCGGCUGCUCUAAAGGAGGAGAUCACCAGGUAUCUCAUCUUCCUGCAGAUCAAAAGAGAUCUGUACCACGGUCGUCUCCUCUGUAAAACAUCGGACGCGGCCAUGUUGGCAGCUUACAUCUUGCAAGCUGAGAUUGGAGACUAUGACCCAGGAAAGCAUCCAGAGGGCUACAGCUCCAAGUUCCAGUUCUUCCCCAAGCACUCAGAGAAGCUGGAAAGAAGGAUUGCAGAGAUUCACAAGACAGAGUUAAUAGGUCAAACUCCAGAAACAGCUGAGCUGAAGUUCCUGCAGAAAGCACAAAUGCUUGAAACAUAUGGUGUGGAUCCUCAUCCGUGCAAGGAUGUAUCUGGUAACCCGGCUUUUCUCGCCUUCACUCCGUUCGGUUUUGUCGUGCUUCAGGGGAACAAGAGAGUCCAUUUCCUCAAGUGGCACGAGGUGACCAAGCUGAAGUUUGAAGGAAAGACAUUCCAUAUAUAUGCAAAUCAGAAGGAGGACAAAAAGAUCAUCUUGACAUUCUUCGCACCAACUCCAGACGCCUGCAAGCACCUUUGGAAAUGCGGUGUUGAAAAUCAAGCCUUCUACAAGUUGGAGAAGUCGAGCCAGGUUCGUAUGGUGUCCAGCAGUAACCUGUUCUUCAAGGGGAGUCGUUUUCGUUUCAGUGGAAGAGUAGCCAAAGAGGUAAUGGAACAGAGUGCAAAAAUUAAACGGGAACCUCCAGAAAUACACAGGGCUGGCUUGGUGCCUAGCAGAAGCUGUCCAUCCAUCACGCAUGGGCCGCGGCUGAGCAGUGUCCCGCGGACCCGCCGGAGAGCCGUACACAUAUCCAUCAUGGAAGGUCUGGAAUCCUUGCGGGACAGUGCCCACUCCACUCCAGUGCGCUCCGUGUCCCAUGGCGACUCCUUCAUCCCACGUUCGCGGAGCCAGGCAAUGGACUCGGGCGAUGGGACAGCGAUAAUCUCCGAUGAGACCUACAGUCCCUCCGACAGUGUGCUGCCCACACCGGUGGCCGAGCACAGCCAGGAACUGGCGGUCUCACGCCAGAUCAACGGUGCCCCCUGCAGCAUCGAGGAGGAGAAAGAGUCAGAGGCGGGAACGCCCACCGUGGGCGACGUGACUGAGUUAGGAGUGGACAGUAGGGUGGCAGGCGCAGUUCAGAGCGCUCAGGAAAUGAUGUUAUUUGAAUAA